CGCUACGUGCCUAACGUCAGGUGAACCUGUAAUGCCUCUGGUCAGUCAUCAUGGGGUUGUUUAUAUCUGUUAGACUAAUAUUUAGAGCGAAAUAAAUAGUCAUGUUCACCUGCAGAACUCCUGUGUGGUUCCCACAGUUUCUGCUUGUAUGUAAGGUGGCGUGUUAGCCAGAGCUCUCAGUUUCUUUUUAGAAUCAUGAGCCUGGUCAACUGAUAUGUAGCCACACUGGCUAGCUUGUCAGCUAACUAUCCAGUUUCAACACAGCUAGCGGAUCAUCCUGGCUGUCCACUUUGACAUAAUGCCAUGGGGAACUGCUGGACUCACUGCUAUGCGUUAUUCAGAAGAGAAGCAAAUAGAAUUCAACGUGGAGGAGGGUCCAAGUACUUCAGAAGCAGUACUACUGGGGAGCAUUAUACCAUAGAGUUUGAGAACCUUGUUGAAAGUGAUGAGGGAGAAAGUUCAGAAACUUGUCUAAGGCCAAUCAACGAUGAAGAAAUCGGGCACCUGAAGGAGCAUCGCUAUGCAGCCAUUGCAGACCAGCAGACGCUGAUCGAUGAGAAGCUGAACGCUGAGUUAUUGGCAGAAGAGGAGAAGUUAAGACUAGAAGAGGAGGCUAUAUGUGCCGCCCAGCGUGAGGCUGCCCGCUUGGCACGGGAACGAAAGCUGCAGGAGCUACAGCAACAGCAGCAGCAGCAGCAACUAGGUGGAGAGAAAAAAGGCAAGCCUACAGUCGAGUCUGCUCCAACCCAGAGGAGGAGUACUCCUGGUGGAGACUUUGAGGUGUACCUGCAGAGUGUGAAGGCCCAGUCAGAAGCCUUCCGCAGCAACCGGCUGUCAUCCGACACCAAUGUCAUCACCCCGAACACAGAAAGUAGCUGGGACUUCAACACCAAGACUCGCUCCACAAACGACGAUGGAACCUCCUUAGACUUGGAGUGGGAAGAUGAAGAAGGUAUGAAUCGCGCAGGUCCGACAUGGGAGCGCUCCAAGACGGAAGAGGACAUUCUCCGCGCUGCCCUGCGUCCCACUCCUGGCAAGCCCCUGCGUAGCGGACCCCCAUCCGCCUCCGAGGACUCUAAUGUCCUGGAGUGGGAGAACGACUUUGUGCACGCCGACGAAGAGGACCAGGAAGACGACGCCUUCGAAGGCUACGUGAACCCUGCUUGUGACACACCCAGCGAGGACACUCUGGAGGACUUGAACAGGGAGGAGGACAAACAGCUUGAGGAGGAGGAUGAUGAUGAAGAUGAAGAGGUGGUGGUGCUUGAUGUAGAAGAGGAGGACAAGGAGGUGGCGGUGGUGGUGGUGGUGGAGGAGGAGGAGAAGCAGGAGGUUGAGGAGAAGGAGAAGGAAGAUGGGCAGGAGAAAGAGGAGGUGCAGGGGAGGUAGUUGCAGGGGUGUCUUGGCGUGGGAGCAGUUAGCAGACCACCUCAGGGUCACCCAUCCCGUCUUCAACAUGUAUGUAAACUUCUUCCAUCAGGUCAAGAAUGGUCAGGUCAGGUCAGGUCAGGCCAGGUCAGAUGUAGCACCAGAAACAACAGGAGAUGUUGGUCUCACCCCAAGGCUACAGCUGACCAUGCCAUGGCCUACCGUCAUGUCUGGUCUCCUCUGGAAGAUGCAAGUCACUGUACCGUUCCGCGCUGUAGCCUUCUAAAACUGAGACUGGUAGUACUCACUGUCUGUGAGACUUGUGUGGCAGGAUAAUACCUCCACAUAUCCAAAUUGGACAAUUGGUGUCAUCCAGCCACAAUUAGACGAAAACCCUUUCUUCCUAAAAUUGAAGGUGAAAGAUGGUUUGAAAUCCUUAUCCUGCUCCGAGAUUUUCUGUCUUCUAUAUGUAUGAAAGGGAAGCGUUUUGUUCUGCCUUAUUAAAAGAAAAUUGGCCUGUUUUUCAGUACAUUGAAUAAUUAAGUGCAAUUCAUGUGGCCUCUGAUUGGAUGCAAGAGAGAGAGAGCGCUUGUUUUGCAUGAAGAUUUCUGUCAUUAUCUGUCAUCAACAGCAACGUUGUCUGCUUGAAAUUCGUGCCUAAAAAAAGAAAUGAGACCGCAAAUAAAUAUGGAACUACA